UUACCCCCCAUGUUCCUAGCUGAGAUGGCGGUCGACUCUUCAGAUGCAAGUAAACCCUCCGAGGACUUGAGGGACAGCGAAGCAGAGUGCAAUGCUGCGGAGGACAUGGCCAUUAUCGGCUUCUCUCUCGACUUCCCAGACGCAGCUUCCCCCGAGGCCUUCUGGGAUCUGGUACUAUCGGGUCGGUCUGCGGCAAAAGCUUUUCCUGCACAGAGACUCAACCAGCAUGCAUGGCAGAGUGGAGAUGCGUCGUCGCGUGGAACGAUACGCCCGCAAAAGGCGCACUUCCUGGAACGGGACCUUGCAGCCUUCGAUGCCCCCUUCUUUGCUAUCACAGCCGCCGAAGCAGCAGCACUGGACCCACAGCAGCGCUUGCUUCUAGAGACAACGUACAGAGCGCUCGAAAAUGCUGGAAUUCCGAUCACCCAAAUCAGCGGGUCCGAUGCGGCCGUCUUCACAGGCUCUUUUACUGCAGACUACCAACAGCUAGCCGGCAAAGAUCCCGAGCUGAUGCCGACGUACUCUACAACAGGUUUUGCCGGAUCAAUGCUGUCGAACCGCAUUAGCAGCUUCUUCAAUCUAACUGGUCCCAGCAUGACGAUCGACACUGCCUGCUCGAGCAGCCUCGUAGCAUUGGACAUGGCCUGCCACUCCUUACGCAGGUGCGAAUCCUCGCUGGGAAUAGUCACGGGCUGCAAUCUUUUGUUCAUGCUGGACCUGACCAUAGGUUUGUCCAACAUGGGUUUUCUAUCGCCCGAUGGCGUUUGCCACAGCUUCGAUGAGCGCGCGAACGGUUACGCUCGUGGGGAAGGCGUGGGCGUCCUCAUCAUCAAGCCUGUUGUUGCAGCCCUCCGCGACGGGGAUACUAUUAGGGCUGUUAUCCGUGCCUCCGGCUCUAAUCAGAAUGGCAGUACAAACCUGGCUCAGCCAAGUAAGACUGCUCAAGUCAAGCUGAUCGAGGAUACAUACAGCCGCGCUGGCCUCAAUAUGUCACUGACCGGUUUUGUCGAGGCCCACGGCACGGGCACUGCGGCUGGCGACCCAAUAGAAGCCAAUGCAAUUGGUGAAGCCUUCCGCACUCGUCGCCCCCACGAUGUACCACUUUACAUCGGUGCAUCAAAAGCGAAUGUCGGUCACCUUGAGGGGGUGAGUGGAAUUGCGGGCGUCAUCAAAGCAAUUCAGGUCCUUGAGAAGGGAGUCAUACCCCCCAUCGCUGACUUGAAGGUUUUAAAUCCUGCCAUAGAUUCUGAUUUCCUGAAUCUGGGGUUUCCGAAACAUCCUGUCAGGUGGCCGAAACCAGGCCUGCGAAGGGCAUCUAUCAAUUCCUUCGGAUUUGGUGGCACCAAUGCACAUGUUGUCCUCGAUGAUGCUUAUCACUACCUCCAACGACGCGGACUUAGCGGCCGCCAUUGCACGAGCUCAUCUCCGCCGCAAGAUCUACAUAUCCCGUCGGAAACCGAAGUAUGGUUCGCGUCGAAUCCAACAUCGGGGAGAUGCGAGCUCACGCCACCCUUUCUGUUUGUCUGGUCUGCUGCAGACGAACAAGGUGUUGAUAGACUUUCUUCGGCAUACCAAUCAUAUCUCGCCACCGUUCCCCGCUCUAGCAGUAUCGAUUACGUGCUUCUCGACGCAUUGGCACGGACCCUCUUCGAGCGAAGGACUUUGCUGGACUGGAGAUCUUUUGCGGUUGCACAAUCCGUUCCCGACCUUGCCCAUAAGCUUCAGAGCCGGCCCACGUACACAAAGGUUACUCGUAAUCCAAAGCUGGGCUUGGUUUUUACGGGACAAGGUGCACAGUGGCAGAACAUGGGCAAAGAACUCCUUGUUUACCCUGUAUUUCAUCGGAGUCUACUGGAAGCAGAAACGUAUCUUCAGACUCUAGGGUGUAAAACAAAGUUCAUUGCCGACUUCAUCGACGGCCCUGAGUCCACAACAGCGAUCAAUGAUCCUGAGGUGGCGCAGCCUAUAUGUACAAUGCUACAGAUAGCCUUGGUCGACCUACUGCACUCCUGCAAUGUCUCCCCCUCGAUUGUCAUUGGUCAUUCUAGUGGCGAGAUCGCAGCCGCUUAUGCUUCUGGAAAAUUAUCAGGCAAGUCAGCGUUGAGACUGGCGUAUUGGAGAGGAGCACUGUCGAGCACAUUAACACGACAAGGCAUCACUGCAGGAUCUAUGCUAUCUGUAGCUCUUUCUGAAGAUGCAGCAAACGCCUAUAUUGAUGCAGUAAAACACAAGGUUGGCCAUGGUAUUCUUUGCAUUGCAUGCAUCAAUAGCCCCUCUAACGUUACAAUAUCCGGUGAUGCAGCAUUGAUACAGGUCCUUAAAGCCGGGCUAGAUCGGCACGGUAUAUUUAACCGGUUACUGUCCGUGCCGGUGGCUUACCACUCUCCCCACAUGGCAACUAUCACCCAUGCAUAUACCGAAAAAAUAGGGUCCCUGGUUCGAGAAGAUCAAGACUAUGGCGUUGUUCCAAUGAUCUCGUCAGUGACAGGCAAGCUAGUCGAUGCAGACACUCUCUGCCAACCGUCUUAUUGGGUACAAAAUCUUGUAUCUCCGGUUCAAUUUGUGAACUCUGUCAAAGCUUGUUGCGCGGCUUUAGGGAAAGGCAUCACAAAGAAGAUCGAUUUGAGUCAUCGCAAUAAUGUGCAGGCCACACAUCUGCUCGAAGUGGGCCCACAUUCUACUUUACGGGGCCCGAUAAGAGAGAUUCUCAACACCAUUGCGCAUGGUUCGAAGAUUGCUUACACGUCCACGCUUAUUCGCCGACAGUCAGCGGUGUCAUCCCUGCUGCAAGCAUUAGGUCAACUACAUUGUUCGGGAUUUCCUGUAGACGUGCGGCAAGUUAAUGCUCCUCUUGGGAAUACCAGAAACAAAGCGUUUGCCCUUCCAUUUUUGCCUGAAUAUCCUUUCGAUCAUUCCCGUACCUAUUGGGAAGAGUCUCGUAUUAGUAAGAAAAUCAGGCUGAGGAAGCAUGGGAGGAAUAACUUUUUAGGUGCACCGGUUGCGGAUUGGAAUCCACUUGAGCCUCGAUGGAGACAUUUCCUGGAUUCAUCGCCCACGUCGGCAUUGUCAUGGGUGUGCGACCACAAGAUCAAUGGCGAUAUUCUGUUUCCCGCCUCUGGCAUGCUAGUGAUGGCAAUGGAGGCGGUUGCUCAAUUAGCUGAUGACAAGGGUAAAUCGAUCGAGGCGUAUGAAUUACGAGACGUCGAAUUCAUCACGGGUUUGACUAUUCCCAGCGACAAAGAAGCUGUCGAGACUCAAAUUCGCCUGAAGGAUCUUGCGGAUGUACCUGGUAAUAUGCACUCCGGGUACCAAUUUUCCAUUUGUGUUCAUCGAGAAACCUUUACCUCUGAAAUUUGUCGAGGAUCCGUAAAGCCAGUCUAUUUAGACACAAAGUCCCGGUCAGUGGACAGCGGCCGCGAAUCUCGAGCUGCGGUAGCUUCGGCCGUGUCUGACGCGGAACACGCACUGGCGCAGUGCACAAGCAGCUCCGAAGGACAAAAGCUGUAUGACCGCAUCUCCAGGCAUGGUUAUCAUUUCGGAGAACGAUUCCGCAGUAUCAAGAAAAUUCACUACAAUGAGACAGGCCAAGCGGUCGGGGAGAUCAACAUGUACAAGGAUGGUCUUGCGCCACCCAGCGUAAUACACCCUGUGACUCUUGAUGGCAUCCUGCAAAUGAUGCUACCGGCGGUGUGGAAAGGUGAAAACUCCAAAUUGUCAACCAUAGUUCCAACGCAGGUAGACCGCAUAUGGAUUUCUAGUCCAGGGCUCAUCGCGAACCCGACUGCGUCCAUGAUACGAGCACACGCCUCUCCCCGAUCAAAAGACACUCGAACUACCGAAUCUAUAAUUUACGCCUUCGAUGCGCAUCUUAGCCGCAUUCUCGUUCACGUAGAUGGGAUACGAGCGAAGGCCGUGUCUGAGCCUUUGAACGCGACUAGGGCAACUGAGGAGUCUGCGCGAAGAUUAUGCUUCAAUCUCGUAUCCAACCCGGACGUAUCUUUGAUGAACCAACAUCAGCUACAGCAGCUUCUGGCAUCUAAACGAUCAACAUUACCUGAUCCUGUGGAUCUUUCGCGUGAUCUCGAGCUGUUUGUAUCGGCUGUGAUGGCGAAAGCAUCGCAAGAGCUGUUACCGAGUGACAUGGCGAAACAUACACCCCAUUUGACCAGCCAAUUCUGUUGGAUCCGAGAGAGGGUCUCUGGGGAAGUAGUGAAUGAUGUAAGACUCAACGAUUUACAUUGCCGAAUCAAAGAGCAUGGGCGAAUAGGCGAGAUUUACAGUCGCUUUGGGCAAAAUCUGCUACCUAUUCUUCGGGGUGAAUGCGACGCACUUGAGCUACUGAGCCAGAACAAUAUGCUACAAGACUACUACCAACUUAUUGGAAAGACGUGGAAGUUCACAGACUCGAUGAAAUUCUAUUUGAGUCUUCUUUCCCACAAGAACCCGACUAUGAGAGUCUUGGAGGUCGGUGCCGGUACCGGAUCUACUACGAUAUCUGCGCUCGAAUCUCUUACAACUCCCACAUCAUAUGGCUACUCGACGCGCUAUUCCAGAUAUGAUUUUACUGACAUCUCACAUUCGUUCCUCGCCAAGGCAGAAAAUGACUUCGCGUCAUACCCGAAGAUGAAAUUUGGUAUUUUAGAUGCGGAGAGUGACCCUGUGGCCCAAGGAUUCGAGGCGAGUUCCUACGACGUUAUCGUGGCAGAUAAUGUUCUCCAUGCAACAAAGUCAUUGGACACAACGCUCAGUUAUCUGAGAAGACUAUUAAAAGAGGGUGGUAAACUACUACUCAUUGAACUUACCGAGCCGAAAUCUUGCACGGAGAGUCUGAUAUUCGGGUGCUUGCCAGGCUGGUGGCAGAGUGACGAUUCCUAUAGAAACAGCGGGCCCAUCAUCACGGAGCGAAUGUGGAAUGAAGCACUAUUAAAAAAUGGGUUCUCCGGCACGGAUGUAGUUACCCGCGAUUACGAUACCUUGGAUCACCAUGCGAGCUUCAUGAUAUCCACGGCCGUUGGUAGCGCAAUUCAACCAGCCAUCCCAUCUCCACCUAUACGAAUCAUCACUGGAUUCAACGACUUCGCAGUACCUUCUUUAUAUCGUAUCGUGCAAGAACAGACUCAGGCAUCAGCGACAACCUUCGAGGGUGCUGCAGGAAUUGAAGAACUGAGUCAAGAGCUGAUGAUCGUUAUCUUUGACGAUACCUGGCCAUCGUUAGACCGCUUAAGCGAUUCACAAUUCUCGUCUUUGCACUUUGUUCUCAUGCAUGCGAAGGCAAUACUUUGGAUCAAUGAGACUUCUAACCAACCGGAUGAAUGUCCCAUGUAUGGUUUGGCUACCGGUCUUGCCAGGACUCUGCGCUUAGAGAGAGAUGAUCUUGUGUUCACCACGCUUACACUGAGCAGUGACUCUCGAAGUACUCAUCCCACUCAUCUCGAGAUCGCUCUGAAGAAUACUCCGCAGGGUAUUGAGACCGGUGUGUAUGAACCGGAGCUGGCUGUGACAGAUGGUAUGCUUUAUAUUCCUCGUGUUUAUGAGGAUGACAAGCUCAAUCAACAGGUAUACAGCAUGACCGCCGAAAGGCAAGAGCUUAUACCAUUCGGAAACAAGAAUCUCAGCCUGCGCACUCGCUCAGCGGGUCUUCUCGAGUCUUUGUAUUUUGAGGAGAUAAGAGGAGCACCUCGACCGCUAGCGCCAGACGAGUUGGAAAUCCAGGUUAAAGCCGUCGGUGUCAAUCUCAAGGAUGUACUUGUGGCCAUGGGUCAUGUCAACGCCAGCACAUUCGGAACUGAGUGCUCAGGUAUCAUAAUUAAUUCAGGGUCUAAUUGUCGUCUGAAGAAGGGCGACUCCGUGAUUGCACUUGCCUCGAAUGGAUUCCAGCGUUCGAUUCGAUGCAAGCAGGAGUUGGCAGAACUCACCCCACAUAACAUGUCCUUUGUGGAAGCAGCAUCGAUUCCAACCAAUUUCGUCACUGCACAUCACGCAUUGAUAGAAAUCGCUAGGCUUGCGCCUGGCGAGUCAGUGCUCAUCCAUGCCGGAGCGGGCGGCACUGGGCAGGCAGCUAUUCAGAUAGCACUUCAUUGCGGGGCCACGGUAUACACUACUGUCGGGUCGGAAUCAAAGAAAAGGCUUCUUAUGGAUCACUACGGCCUCUAUGAAGAACAUAUUUUAUAUAGUAGGGACCUGUCAUUUGCACAGGGUAUCUACCGCCUUACCAACGGACGGGGAGUUGACGUGGUCCUAAACUCACUAUCAGGGGAAAGCCUCUUGGCUUCUUGGGAUUGCAUAGCAUCCUAUGGGCGAUUCAUAGAGAUUGGAAAGCGCGAUAUACUCUCGAAAGGACAGCUUUCUCUUAACAAUUUUGAGCAGAACGUCACGUUUAGUGCUGUUGACAUUGCAGCCAUGGCCACAGAACGACCGAAGAUGGUUCAAAGAGCUUUCCGCGAAGUCCUACAGCUUUUCAAGGAUGGUGCGCUGCGCGUCGUACAGCCAAUCAAAACUUUUUCGAUCAAUGAAGUGGAGAAAUCGUUUCGGUAUCUCCAAAGCGGUAAGAGUUCUGGAAAAGUGGUAGUCGAGAUUGAUCCGCGGAUCAUGGUCCCAGCUGUCUUCGAACCAGGAACGUCUUCGAAUUUCGACCCAAACUACACGUAUGUGAUUGCUGGAGGUUUGGGAGGCCAAGGACGUAGUAUAGCUACCUGGAUGGUAUCCAAGGGCGCACGCAAUCUACUACUUCUUGGGAGGAGGAGUGCAGCAUCUGCGGCUGCUGCUGGUUUUGUGCAGAAUAUGUUAGACGCUGGUGUAAGAGUGAGCACUCCACCAUGCGAUAUUACCGAUGAGGUUGCUCUGGCGAAUGUGCUCGAUUCUUGCAGAAAGCACAUGCCCCCCAUUCGAGGGUGUUUUCAAGCAUCAAUGGUGAUAAGAGACGUGACCUUUGCGAACAUGUCUCCAACGCAAUGGAGGGAGACGCUCCUCCCUAAGGUUACCGGCUCCUGGAACCUCCACCGACUUUUACAUGAGGAUUUGGACUUUUUCAUCAUUCUAUCCUCUGUCAGCGGCAUCAUCGGAUCAAAAGGCCAAUCUAACUACGCAGCAGCCAACACUUUCCAGGAUGCGCUUGCCCUCCAGCGAGCGGCAGACGGCAAAAAGGCUACGACGAUCAAUUUGAGCGCCAUGGCCAAUGAAGGCGUUUUCGCUGAAAAUCGCGAUUCCCUCGAAUGGGUAAUCUCCAUGAAACAAAUGCUCCCUAUGACGCAGCCUGAGCUAUUCGCGUUGCUAGACGAACCUUGCGGCGGUCUACAAAACUCUUCAUCCCCAGCUUCCUAUCCUUCUAAUAUUCAGAAACAAACCCAAAUCGUAACCGGUCUUCAAAUUCCCUCCGUCGUCGCUGCAAAGGGCGAUAUACAGCCAUCAUGGAUGACUCAACCUCUCUUCUCUCCUCUACAUUCCAUCACCGCACCGUCCUCCACAUCCACGACCACUAAUUCUUCUGACCCCAACGCUCUCGACGCUACCAAAACUACAACAACCGAUAUACCUACCCUACUUCGGUCUCACUCUUCAUCGUCGUCCGCCACGCAAGACCUUGCCACUAUCCUCGCUUCCAAAUUGUGCAAAUUCCUUUCUGUGGCACCCGAGCAGUUCGAUACGUCCCGCCCGCUGCACUCGUACGGAAUCGAUUCACUUAUUGCAAGCGAGCUGCGUACGUGGUUUCUAAAAGCAGUGGAGGUAGAUAUCUCAGUUUUCGAGAUUCUGGGCGGCGAUUCUACAGAGGGGUUAGCGGCUGUAGCUAUUGGGAAGCUAGAUAAGAAGACGGUAAAGGCGUAGA